UUUUUUUACGGAUCUUAUAUUAGAAUCUUGUUGUAUAAACGAAGGUGUUUUACAGUAAAAAAAAAUUGUUUUCAAUUCGAUAUAUUCAAAAUUAAUAUCGAAAAAUUAGAAAAUUUUCAUUUGAAAUUCUCAAAAUGAAUUGCAAAUUUCUUGGAUUUUUUUUGCUAUUGUGUGUCAUUUUUAUGAUGAAAAUUGACCAAUCAAAUGGACAUCAUAAUGAAAGAAUUUGUAGACUGCCACUAGAAACUGGAUCUUGCAGAGCAAAUCUGCGACGAUAUGGUUAUGUUCCUUCAGAAAGAUCAUGUCAACGAUUUCAAUAUGGUGGAUGUGAUGGAAAUGAAAAUAAUUUUAGAACAAAGGAUGCGUGUGAAAGAUUUUGUCAAGGUGUCAACUAACUUUUAUUAUGAUGCAUUAAAAGUAAUUGAGAAUUUUUUAAAUAUUAAAUUCCUGUAAUAAUAAAAUGUAAUACUAUUUUUGAAAUGACACUUAAAAUUCUUAUUUCUCAAUUUGUUUGUAAACGUACUAAGUUAGGAAUCAAUAUCCCAUUUCAGGAUGAUAACAAGAAUUCCGUAGAUAGGAACAUAGAAAUUUGCAAUUCGAUUUUAUGAGCCCCUACAU